CCGGCGCCUUUGCGCCUGCGUGCUGCUGGGGAGCGGAGACAGCCAUGGGAGCCGUGACCCCGGGGUUUGUGGACUGUCACUGCCACCUCUCCGCGGCCGACUUCGACUCGAGGCAGCAUGAUCUGUGAAUAGAUAACUGGUCUGGAAGACUUAGGUUUCAUUCCUGCCUCUGAUCCAUACUGGCUAUCUGACCCUGCACAAGACUCUUAACCUCUUAGUACUCUAGGAUCUUGAAGAUGUGUUAGAAAGAGCCAAAAAGGCUAAUGUGUUAGCCAUUGUAGCAGUUGCUGAACACUCAGGAGAGUUUGAAAAAAUCAUGCAACUUUCAGAAAGAUAUAUGGGGUUUGUUCUGCCAUGCCUAGGUGUUCACCCUGUUCAAGGACUUCUACCAGAAGACCAACGAAGUGUCACUUUAAAGGAUCUGGAUAUAGCUUUGCCACUUAUAGAACAUUAUAAAGAUCACUUGUUGGCAAUUGGGGAGGUUGGAUUAGAUUUCUCCCCCAGAUUUGCCAGGACUGAUGAGCACAAGGAGGAGCAAAGACAAGUUCUUAUCAGACAGAUCCAAUUAGCUAAAAGACUAAAUUUGCCAUUGAAUGUUCACUCACGCUCAGCUGGCAGACCAACUAUUAAUCUUUUGCGUAAGGAAGGUGCCGAAAAGGUGCUGCUCCACGCAUUUGAUGGCCGACCAUCUGUAGCCAUGGAAGGAGUAAGCGCAGGAUACUUUUUUUCAAUUCCUCCUUCUUCUGCAAGGAGUGAACAGAAGCAGAAACUUAUAAAGCAACUGCCUUUAUCUUCUAUAUGCUUAGAAACUGAUUCACCUGCACUGGGACUAGUAAAACAGGAGCGGAAUGAACCUAGGAACAUUUCCAUUUCCGCAGAAUUCAUUGCCCAGGUGAAAGGGAUCUCAGUGGAAGAAGUUAAAGAAGUGACAACUCAGAAUGCUUUGAAACUGUUUCCCAAACUCCGACAUCUGCUUCAAAAAUAACCUGCCAGGUUUCCUCCAGGAAAAUCAUUUCCUAAUAUACCACCAGGUGGCAGCAUUGAAGAAAAAUACAUUUUCUGACCAAAGAAAGAACAGUGUCUAGAUAGAGGCCACCAGCAUAGAACUUAUAGAUAAGUUUGAAUUGUUAUACGUUCAGUUUGUGGAAAGUAAACUUGACUGGAAUUUCUGGAGCCACGGUUUAGUUCCAGCUCUGCCACUGUCUGUUUUGUGUAAAAGUCAAUGAAAUGCUAAGGGAGGAGGGUGGGAACAAAUGCUGCUGCUGUUGCUCCUGCUGCUUUCACCAGUGCCUCAUGGAACAGAGUGGUAUGUUCAUUCAGGAUGACAGUGUUCAGGUAGGCCAGAGGCAGGCAUUGUCUAGCCUACUUUGUUUAGUGCUUGGCAGGUGUCAUACCCAAAUGUCAACCUAAUAAAUGUCAUUUUUGUUUCCA